AUGGCCAUUCCCAGCCCGAUCCUAGAUCAAUUCCUCGGCAGCCUGAGCGAUUUAAUCCAGACGCGCGAUGGGGCCAAGCUACAGGAUUUUCUACAAAUCGAGCCGCCCCUGUCGGACAUCUACCAGCGUAUGAUCGGGGAAUUGCGCCAAAGUUACCCACCAAGUCCUCAGAGCGAUACAAGGCUGUUGCAGCGAUGUGAGGCCCUGGUGCCACGGAAUAAGACCGCGACCUCCUGGUCUGCCUUCCCAACCUUCAUGAAACUCUACUUUGUCUUUCUUCGCGAUGUCAACACCGACAAUUUGCUUGAGACCUAUAACAUGCUGAAGGGACUGCUCAACCAGUGUGUCUUAGCCCUCGGAGAUAGUCAAAUGGGCGUUAUUGUCCUCCCCAUGGUCUUGUAUCUGUCAAAAGUGCUGGCUAAACUAGCUAUGGGACUGGAUCGCCGUCCGGAAUUGAUCGCGCAUAUUCUACGCACGGAGGGCGAGGAGAGCAACGAGAAGGUAACUUUGGUGGAACAGUCCGCUAACGUCGUGCGGGAGGCUUUUAUUAAAUGCUUGACGGAUCGUACAGGCGCGCCCGGUCCGAAUGGGAAACCCGAGGGAAAGCGAAUUGGGAUCUACCUCAUGGCCAAUCUUUGUCUCAAGCUCCUAUUUCAGUGCGGUAAACUCCGUAAUGCCGAACAGAUGUUCGCCAGCAUCAGUGCCCAUUCCCCUCCCUUAGCCUACUUUCCGGCCUCCCAGCGUGUCACCUACCUUUACUACCUGGGGCGCUAUCUCUUCUCCAACAAUCUCGUCUAUCCGGCUCUGAUUGCUCUGCAAGCUGCCUAUGAUCAAUGCCACCGCCAAGCACUCAGUCAGCGACAACUGAUUCUCACCUACCUGAUCCCCUGCAACAUCAUUCUCGGGCGUUUCCCGUCUCGGAAGCUACUCAACCGCCCGGAGGCCCAAUCUCUGGGAGAGAAGUUUGAGCCACUCUGUCGCCUAAUUAUCCGGGGCGAUUAUAUUGCCUUUCGCCAACACCUCUCGCCAGAGUCACCGGCAGCGCACUGGUUUAAAGGGAAAGGGAUCUUGCUGCCUCUGCGAAAUAGAUGUGAGAUUUUAGUCUGGCGGUCCUUCUGUCGCAAAGUCUUCGUUCAUGCCGGAUUUCAGGUGGAACCACAACCGCAGGCACCACGAGGACCCCCUCCCUUCCUUUAUCUGCACAAGCUGGCCGCGGCUACUCAGUGGCUUCAAUCCCGCCAUCAAUCACCACGGGUGAAUGGGUUGGCAUCUAAUAUAACAAAUUUCCACUCCUAUGGCUCUCAGUUAAUCGCCGAGCCCGAGGAUCCUGACUUUGCGGGCGUUGGGGAUCCGGGCAGUCUGAUGACUCAGGAAUUGUUAAUGAAGUAUGGUGACUACUGGGCCCCCGAGGGCUUUUUCGAUGAGAGUGGCCAUUGGCAGGAAAAUGUCCCUGGUCAACUAAUUGAUGGUCACCCUGCGACAGACUUUGAGCAAUACGAGUUGGACCCGUAUGCGGUGGGCGCCGGUGAAGAUGUCGAAGCCGAGAAGCAAUCCUUACUUAUGGAAGAGGUAGAAUCCAUUCUCGCCUCCUUAAUCACACAAGGACUGAUACGGGGCUAUCUGACUCACCGAAACCCCCGAUUUGCGAUACCCGGAGCACGGCAAACAGGAGCCAUCCCUAUCGGAUUUCCGAUAGUCUGGAAAGCGAUCAUGGCUCGGGAGCAAGAAGAUUCCAAUGUCCCUGGAUGGGUUCGACCCGCACCGCCGACCACCUUGGGUGGUCCAGGGCUAGGGGGAGGGGGCCGAGUGGUGAAUCUGAAAGGGGCGCGGCCUGUCGGCAUGCAGCAAGGUUGA